UACUUUGCCCUUGAACCUUGAAUUCUUUUCUUCAGUGAAAACUCUGACAAUAUAGCUAUGAACCACACAGACACUUGUUCAGUGCUGUGCUGCGCCAGUUUUCAAAAACUCAACAACGGAUGGAGCAUUUUCUUCUUUUCAGAAUAUCUGAGGAACCUUCUGAUGACUUGUGACAAUGUAAAUGUGAAGAAAUCAUUAGUUAUAGUGUCUGCAUGCAUACAUGGUCAAACCUUAUGGUUGAUCUCUGCACAAGUAGCAUGUGCAAGCGAAAUUACAGAAGGAAACAUGGUUUAUGAGGUUGGAGAAUUGUUCGAAUUAGGAACCCAGCUGUCUUAUCUGCUUUUACCAUUGGGUUUGCUUGGGGCUGGAACCUUUUUUGUGAUUCGUCAGGUCCUUGUACGCAGAGAACUUGAUCUCUCUGCCAAAGAAUUGCAAGAGCAAGUAAGAAGUGGUGAUGCCAGUGCAACUGAGUUGUUUGAACUAGGUGCGGUUAUGCUCAGAAGAAAAUUUUAUCCUGCUGCUACAAAAUUCUUGCUUCAGGCAAUUGAGAAAUGGGAUGGAAAUGAUCAAGAUCUUGCCCAGGUUUACAAUGCCCUUGGUGUCAGCUACACCCUGGAUGGAAAACUUGAAAAAGGAAUCAGCCAAUUUGAGAGUGCUGUGAAGCUUCAGCCAGGCUAUGUCACAGUAUGGAACGACCUUGGUGAUGCAUAUGAGAAGAAAAAAGAGCAUGAUUCUGCCCUGAAGGCAUUCGAAGAAGUGUUACAUUUAGAUCCCAACAGUAAGGUUGCACGCCCUAGACGCGAUGAUUGAAGGACCGCGUACAAAUGUACAGAGGAGUUUCCAUCAAAUCAAAAGAUAAAUGAUCCUCUUUUGCAGGAGAAAUUUACGUUUUUCCUCUAGUUUUCCGACGAUGACCACAGAAAGAAUAAUUUAUUUUCCCAUCU